AGGAUUACAGGUGUGAGCCACCACUCCUGGCCAUCCUAAUGUUUUAAAUAGCGAUUUAUAUUUCCUCUUCAUGAAUUGUCUGUUAAAGCACUUGUGGGCGGAAAUUAAGUUUUGUUCUUCUUUCAGUGUGCUUCGGGCCUUAGAAAUGGUGUUUGUUACGUAGCUCUCACAAAGCUUUGAAUACAUAUAGAUAGAAACCUAGCCGUAAUUGUUUAGAAUCUUGCGAGAAUACGCCACUGCAACCGCACAACUGUGUGCCAUUUUAGGAUUUACCGAGAAUAUUCAUGAGUAUUGGUGCAUUUUAAUACAACUACUGUGCAUUGUUGCUUUCAGCAUUUUACUAUGCGGAGCAAAGUCUUGAGUGAGGUCUGGGAAAGAUAAAUGGUGAAAAUUUAAGAAAUUUCUCGCAGAAACGGAGGAAUUCAUCUUCCCUAAAGAAAGGAUAAACCGACUAAAAUUAGUUGGUCCUCCCGUGCACCAGACGGCGAAGCAGCAGGAUGUGACGCUGCACGGUAAGUGAGCGACUCGCUGGACUACACUUCCCAGAAGGUUUCUUUGGCCUCCGCACUACGCAAUCACCCAGAAUGCUCAGCGGCCGAGAACUUCAGGUCCCAGACUGCUGUGCGGCUAAAUACGACUCCAUCUCCCCCGACCCAAGCGCUUAAUGGCCGCUGGCAAUCUUGGGGGAGCCAGCUGUUGGACUAUGCCCCGCUGCCAGGAAACAGGCGCCAGAAGGUUCUCCAACAAGAUCCCGCCUUCCUAAGACGGUAAAGGCGUUCACAGGUCGGGAAGGGGCGGUGGGAGUAGCGGGACAGCGCUGAGCAUUGCUCGUGAACUGUGGGUCGGCCUGCGAAGAGGCCCAGUUUCGUGGCACCACUGUGGCGCCCGCACUGGAAGGUUGUCUUGUGACCGAGCGAAAACUACAAUUCCCAGCAUUCCUGCGGUGCCAGAACUACCUUGCCCGAAAGCCUGUGCGAGAUUUACCCCGUCUUCCGCCUCCCGCCCGCCGGAAAACUCUGAGGCCAUGAAUAGUCGCCAGGCUUGGCGGCUCUUGCUCUCCCAAGGCAGAGGGGAUCGUUGGGUUUCAAGCCCCCGCAGGCAUUUCUCGCCGGCCCUGCGGAGAGACUUCUUCACCACCACAACCAAGGAGGGAUAUGAUAGGCGGCCAGUGGAUAUAACUCCUUUAGAACAAAGGAAAUUAACUUUUGAUACCCAUGCAUUAGUUCAGGACUUGGAAACUCAUGGAUUUGACAAAACACAAGCAGAAACAAUUGUAUCAGCAUUAACUACUUUAUCAAAUGUCAGCCUGGAUACUAUCUAUAAAGAGAUGGUCACUCAAGCUCAACAGGAAAUAACAGUACAACAGCUAAUGGCUCAUUUGGAUUCUAUCAGGAAAGACAUGGUCAUCCUAGAGAAAAGUGAAUUCGCAAAUCUGAGAGCAGAGAAUGAGAAAAUGAAAAUUGAAUUAGACCAAGUUAAGCAACAACUAAUGCAUGAAACCAGUCGAAUCAGAGCAGAUAAUAAACUGGAUAUCAACCUAGAAAGGAGCAGAGUAACAGAUAUGUUUACAGAUCAAGAAAAGCAACUUAUGGAAACAACUACAGAAUUUACAAAAAAGGUAAGACUGUCAGAGAAAAAAAUUGCCGCCAUCUCAUUUUCCUGUUAGUUCCUACCUACCAAGGUAACUGAGCUGGCACAGGAGAAAAAGGAGGAGCUAUAAAACACGGCUCCUUUAUUGCUUGGUCCCCUGUAGUGCUUAAAGAAGGUUCUAGUCUCAGGAUAUUUUUUGGAUUAUUGGGUUUUUUUUUUUUUUUAAUACUUCUAAUUUUUAUUAUAGCAGAUUCCAAAUUAGACACAGCCAAAGGAAGGAACAUAUAGGAUGUAGUAUGGGACAGUUCUAAAUGUUAAGCUGCUUUCGUCCUCACAGAUAGAUGUGUUACCCUUCAGAAUAUAAGUUUAGCAGGCAAUUCUGCAGCUUACUAAUAGAAAAAGCAUGUGGAUAUAAAAGAAAUAUAUAAACACAAGCACAAAAAUCAUAGAAGGAUAAACUCUGUAUUCUACAGUGAAAAAACAAAAUGAAAAUUUUCUUUGUAUUGCUUAUGUUCUUCCAUAAAGAUUUGAAUGAGGUUAGAGAAAAAAGAUCAAAAAAGUAGAUAUAAGCCCAUUAAAAACCUGGAGGAGGGGGAGAUGACCUUACCUUAAAUCAACUGAUUCAGCACAGAUACUACCCCAAAAUUAGAUUAUUUGUCACAUACUGAGCUCCUCAAGUACCAUUUGACCUGACCCAAUUACAGGGCCCAGCCCAGUGAUUUAGAAAGAAUGCCCUAGUCAACUAUUACUUGUCUUUUUUCUUUCCUUUUAUAAAAAGUAAUGUAUUUUCAUUAUAAACUAUUCACAGAAUUCAAAAGCAGUAAAAGUGAAAGCACCUCCCUAUGUAUAUUUACUAUUAGUAGUAAACAUUUUCUAGUCUUUUUCUUCUAUAUAUAAACAUCUUAUAUACUUUAUAAAAAUAAUUAGAUCACGUAUUUUUUAUAGUCUACAACUUUUAAAAAUUUGACCAAAUGUCCUAUUUCUUUCCACAUCAAUACACACAGACAUCUUUUUAUUAGAAAGCACAGUAUUCCCUAUAUGAAAAUGCCACAAUUUAUAUAUCCAGUCCUCUAUUAACAGGCAUUCUCCCUCCAGUUUUUCAUUAUUAAGGACAAUACUGUAUUGAACAGCCAUAUAUAUGUGUUACGUUUGAGUAAAUAUACAUACACACACACAUAUCUUUGUACCCCCAUGCUAGUAUUUCUAUAUAACAACUUGCUAUGUACAUUUAAAUUUUGGGGUCAAAAAGAUAUGCAAAUUUAAAAUGUUUGAUAUUAACAAAUUGCUGUCUAAAAGAAAACUGCUGGUUUAUACUCUUAGUCAUUUUCUGGGCAGUCACCACUGAUGUUGAGGUGCCAGCAGGGUUGAAGAUGGAGCCCCCAGCCAUCAGCUGAACCAUGGAAGGGGCACAAGUAAAAUAGCCUACCUACAAGCAUAAUUGGAAUCAGAACUUACUGUUUACAUCUGUGAAUGUGUGCCUCAAUUUCUCAUACCAGCUUUCUCCAUAAGUUGGAAACAUUAGCACCUAGACUCUUUUAUCAUUCCACUUUAACUAAUCAGGAGAGAUUGCCCUCUUUGCUUAGUUCCAAUUUGUGAAAUCCUCAGAAAGAAGUCUGAAUGGUUCAUCCUGGGUCAGACACCACCUUUUGAUCCAGAACACUGCCACCAAGGAAUAAUAGCAAUUUCCAUUUAAUCUAUGUAGAUAAUGUGGCAGAUUUUGCUCUUGGCAGAUAAAUAAUGAAAGCUAAUGUUUACAGAGUGCUUAAAAUGUACCAGGCACAUGCUCACCUAAGCAUUUUACAUAUAUGUAGAAUGUCUCCCUAGACAGGGUAUAGAGGAUAAACAGCAAACUUAAAUAAUUUGGAGAUGGCUCCGUAGUUACUACAACAACAGCCAUGAGAAAUAAAAGCUGAAA